GUAUGUACAAAGGCGCGCGCCCCAGCCGGGAGCUCCUCGCCUCGCCCGAGCGAACCUUCCUCCUUGUCUUGCAGGCACGCGCGGUUCGAUAUGGCGGCGGCGAUGGUGUGGGUGCCGAUACUGGAGGACGGGGUGUUCCGGUUCGACGUGUCGGAGGCCGCGCGCGUGGCCGCCGGGCCCAGCCUGUCGUUCGCCGAGCCGCGCCGCCGGGAGGUGGUGCUGCGCGACGGCGCCGGCCGCCCCGCGGUCGUGCCGGAGUGCGAGGUGGUGGGCGACGACGUCCACAGGGUUCUCAUCAAGCUUCCUUCUGGGACAUCUUUCUACGGCACAGGAGAAGCAAGUGGCCCACUUGAACGAACCGGGAAACGAGUUUUCACCUGGAACACAGAUGCAUGGGGAUACGGGUCAGGAACCACUUCACUAUAUCAAUCACACCCUUGGGUGUUGUCCAUCCUCCCAGAUGGAAAGAGUCUCGGUGUUCUAGCUGAUACCACACGCCGUUGUGAGAUUGACUUGAGACAAGAAUCUACUAUAAAGUUUGCUGCCCUAUCUGCUUAUCCUAUCAUUACUUUUGGGCCAUUUGAUACACCAGCCCAAGUGGUGGCAUCCUUGUCUCAUGCGAUUGGAACUGUGUCCAUGCCUUCAAAAUGGGCUCUUGGCUAUCAUCAAUGUCGCUUUAGCUACAAGUCUUCCGAGAGAGUCCUUGAGGUUAUUAGAACAUUUAGGGAGAAAGGCAUUCCUUGUGAUGUGGUUUGGAUGGAUAUUGACUACAUGGAUGGUUUUAGAUGCUUCACAUUUGACAAUAACCGUUUCGCUGAUCCAAAAUCUAUGGUUGAUGAUCUACAUUCCAUCGGUUGUAAAUCAAUCUGGAUGCUUGACCCGGGAAUAAAGGAAGAGAAGGGUUACUUUGUGUAUGAUGGUGGUUCAGAAAAUGAUGUGUGGAUUAAAAAAGCAGAUGGUAGCCCAUUCAUUGGGGAAGUAUGGCCUGGUGACUGCGUUUUCCCGGAUUUCACCAGUGAAAGAAUCCGCACAUGGUGGGCUAGAUUAGUAAGGGAUUUCAUCUCCAACGGCGUUGAUGGAAUAUGGAAUGAUAUGAACGAGCCUGCUAUGACAACUACUACCAAAACAAUGCCUGAGAGCAAUAUACAUAGAGGAGAUGCUGAUAUUGGUGGUGUCCAGAAUCAUUCUUACUAUCAUAAUGUUUAUGGAAUGCUAAUGGCUAGAUCUACUUAUGAAGGAAUGGUGAUGUACAAUACAGAAAAACGACCAUUUGUUCUUACACGAGCUGGUUUUAUAGGAAGCCAGCGAUAUGCUGCAACAUGGACUGGUGAUAAUCUCUCAAAUUGGGAGCAUUUGCACAUGAGUCUAUCAAUGGUUCUUCAAUUGGGUUUGAGUGGUCAGCCUCUGUCGGGUCCUGAUAUUGGUGGGUUUGCUGGAAAUGCUACUCCAAGACUUUUUGGAAGAUGGAUGGGAGUGGGUGCAUUGUUUCCAUUCUCACGUGGCCAUUCUGAAGCUGGAACUGUUGAUCAUGAGCCAUGGUCCUUUGGUGAAGAGUGUGAGGAAGUUUGCCGUCUCGCGCUACUAAGACGGUAUCGGCUACUACCACACAUCUACACUCUAUUUUAUGUUUCGCAUAAGAAGGGUACUCCAGUUGCUGCGCCACUUUUCUUUGCUGAUCCACAAGACACGGAACUGAGGAAAAUUGAGACUACGUUUCUCCUGGGGCCACUUUUAGUUUGUGCAAGCACUUUACCUGAUAAAGGAGCUCAUGAAUGUGCACAUAAGUUACCAAAUGGCAUUUGGUUACCUUUUGAUUUUGGAGAUUCCCACCCUGACCUGCCGGUGUUGUAUUUAAGAGGUGGAGCAAUACUUCCUGUAGGCCUUCCUAUUCAGCAUGUUGGUGAAGCAAGUUUAGGGGAUGAUUUAUCACUACUUGUUGCACUGGAUGAAAAUGGUAAAGCUGAAGGUGUCUUGUUCGAGGAUGCCGGUGAUGGAUACGGGUUCACACAGGGAGACUAUCUACUGACAUAUUAUGUCGCCGAAGUCCACUCAUCAGUGGUUUCUGUGAAAGUUCUGAAAACUGAAGGAUCCUUGAAGAGACCAAAACGUAACUUAAACAUAAGUAUUUUGCUUGGUGGAGGUGCUAUGAUAAGUUCACGUGGUGUGGAUGGCGAAGAGGUACAUUUUACGAUGCCUUCUGAGUUUGAAGUGUCCAGCUUGGUUGCAACAAGUGAACUUGAUCUCAAGGAACGUUUAGAGACAAUUCGUCCUAUACCUGAUAUGGAUGAGCCAUCGGGACAAGAAGGCACUGAGCUCUCAAAAACACUUAUUGUUUUGAAGAGUGGGGACUGGUUUCUUAAGAUUGUACCAUGGAUUGGCGGUCGUAUUAUUUCGAUGACUCAUGUUCCUUCUGAUUCCCAAUGGCUGCAUAGCAGGAUUGAAAUCCAUGGUUAUGAAGAGUACAGUGGGACUGAAUAUAGGUCUGCUGGCUGCAUAGAAGAGUACAAGAUCGUGAGGGGGCAUCUGGAGCAAUCAUGCGUGGAGGAAUCCAAAGUUUGCCUGGAAGGAGAUAUUGGGGGUGGACUGGUUCUUCAGCGCCACAUAUCUAUUCUGACGGACAAUCCCAAGAUUGUCCAGAUUGACUCUAGCAUUGAAGCAAGAAGUGUUGGGCCUGGCUCUGGUGGAUUCUCAAGGUUGGUCUGUUUGCGUGUCCGUCACACUUUUACGCUUCUACACCCUACUGAGGUCGUUGUUGCUUUUACGGCCAUCAAUGGUUCAAAGCAAGAGAUCUCUUUAGAUUCCGGAGAAGUGAUGCUCGAGGGAGGCCUGCGACCGAACGGGGAGUGGACGCUGGUGGACAGGUGUUCAGGGCUGAGCAUGGUAAACCGUUUCGAUCACCGUCAGGUUAGCAAAUGUUUGGUGCAUUGGGGAACUAGUGAUCUGAACAUGGAGCUCUGGUCCGAUGAGAGGCCGGUUUCGAAAGACACGCCGUUGAGGAUCUGCCACCAGUAUGAGGUGACACAAACAUGAAACUCAUUCCUAGGUAGUAUAAUGUAACAAAUGCUUUUAAAACUUGUGUCCGCUCAUCGUGCUUAGUUCCCGAUGACUUGUGUGUAAAUAAUGUCAUGACUACUAUGCUACUGCACAUCUCUGGGAUUGUUGGCCUGAUUGUCCUUUAAGUUAUGCUUGAGAAUGUUAUGGGGUGACAACUAA